GGUCCCUGUCAUCUCCGCCACCUCCAGCCUCCCUCCUCCGCCCGGAUCCUCCCUCGUCACCUGCCUCCCCCCUUAUCCUCAGCAGGAUCCCGGCUCGGACAUACAAAGUCCGGAGAAGUUGUGAAGGCAGCGCUCCCCCGCCCGGCUCCUCCAUCACUGUCUGGAACGGUGACUUAUCCUUCAAAGUGAUGACGCUUUCACAGUAGACCCCCUUUUUUCCCUUCCCCGUCCAAGAAAUUUAAAAACAAAAAUGACAAACUUUAAGAGGCUGGUGUUGGGCCAGCGCUUUAUCCACUGGAAACUCGGUGCAGCUACUAUUAUUUUUAUGGGAUUUGUGUUUUUAAUUCAAAAAGAGGUUGUUGACCGAGAGAUGGACGACCUGACUGGACAUGGAGGGUCUCACGUCAAAAAGAAAAAAAUGCUGGACAUGAUGAUAGAUGCCGUAAAUAAUCUGAAAGACUCCAUGCCAAGAAUGCAGAUCAACGCACCUGAAAAGCAGCUGAGCACUGAUGGUAAAAGGCAUUGCCUGCCCGGGUAUUACACCGCAGCAGAACUUAAGCCUUUCCUUGAGCGGCCGCCCCUGGACCCUCAUGAACCCGGAGCUUCUGGAAAACCAUUUAAAAUGGAAAAACUCAGCCCCGAGGAAGAGAAAGAAAAAGAAGAAGGAGACAAAAAACAUUGUUUUAAUGCAUUUGCUAGUGAUAGGAUUUCACUUCAUCGGGACCUGGGACCUGACACAAGGCCUCCUGAGUGCAUUGAACAGAAGUUUAAGCGCUGUCCACCACUGCCCACCACCAGCAUCAUAAUCGUGUUCCAUAAUGAAGCCUGGUCCACGCUGCUCCGCACAGUGUACAGCGUCAUGUACACAUCCCCGGCCAUUCUCCUGAAGGAGAUUAUUAUGGUGGACGAUGCCAGUACAGAUGAAUAUUUAAAGGAUAAACUUGACGAGUAUGUGAAACCAUUUCAGAUUGUGAAGGUGCUCAGACAGAAGGAAAGAAAAGGACUCAUCUCCGCACGUUUGCUUGGGGCCUCGGUAGCAACAGGAGAAACCUUGACUUUUCUAGAUGCUCAUUGUGAAUGUUACUAUGGUUGGAUGGAGACGUUGUUGGCCAGAAUUGCUGAGAAUUACACCGCUGUCGUCAGCCCAGAUAUUGUCACCAUUGACCUCAACACAUUCGAGUUUGCCAGCCCAUCACCGUACGGACACAAUCGCAACCGAGGAAACUUUGAUUGGUCCUUGGGCUUUGGAUGGGAGAAUGUCCCGAGUUUGGAGAACAAGAAAAGGAAAGAUGAGACCUACCCGAUAAAGACACCAACCUUUGCUGGAGGUCUCUUCUCAAUUUCCAAGGAAUACUUUGAGCACAUCGGAAGUUAUGAUGAACAAAUGGAGAUAUGGGGUGGUGAAAAUAUAGAAAUGUCUUUUAGAGUCUGGCAGUGCGGAGGGCAGCUGGAAAUCCUGCCAUGUUCUGUUGUCGGCCAUGUUUUCCGUAGCAAGAGUCCUCAUACCUUUCCUACAGGUACUCAGGUGAUCAUCCGGAACCAGGUCCGACUGGCCGAGGUGUGGAUGGAUGACUACAAAGAAAUAUUUUAUCGCAGAAAUCGGGAAGCUGCAAACAUUGUCCAACAGAAAUCCUACGGAGAUUUAUCAAAAAGAUACAGUUUACGAAAAAAUCUUCAGUGCAAGAAUUUUACAUGGUAUCUGAAAAAUGUCUAUCCUGAAAUGUAUGUGCCGGACCUGAACCCACUCAUCUAUGGGGAUAUACAGAAUGUUGGCAAACAGUGGUGCUUGGAUGCUGGAGCAGAUAACACUCACGGAGACAAACCUCCUAUCCUCUAUACCUGUCAUGGCCUUGGGGGUAACCAGUACUUUGAAUAUACCCUAAGCCAUGAAAUUCGACAUAAUAUCCAAAAGGAACUGUGCCUCAGAGCUGGCAAAGGGCAGGUUGUCCUUAAGAAGUGUAAUCGCAAAGGCAUGGGCACCACUGUCCUACCCGAGGAGAAAUGGGAACUUCAGAAGGAUCAGCUGAUCUACAAUGCUGCAUUUAGAAUGUGCCUGACUGGAAAUGGCGCUAACACAAAUAUUGUCCCCUGUAACCCUGCGGACCCUUUCCAACAAUGGAUUUUCCGACAAAGCUCUUAAACAACCAAAAAAAAAAAAAAAAACAAC